GCUCAAGAACGUGUGAAUUAUCAUGCGGCUGCCGUUGUUCAACUGUGGCCCUCAAUUUUGCCUCCUUUUUCUUUAAAGCCAUACAAACAUUUCAUUGCAUUUCUAUUGUAGCAUCUGCACAUCUUUUCCCAACUUUUUUCUCCAUUACUUACCAAAUUCUGUCAAGUUUUGCAGCCCAAAUCAAACCCUUUUUCCCAAUCUUGAUUUGGAUGAAAACCCAUUAAGCAAAUUAUAAGUUUGUUCAUUUUCUUGAAAAAAUUUUGGGGGCCUGAAGACGUUUGAAGGUUCAAUCUUUUGAUCUCUGAGCCAACAUUUUUGCUUGUAGUUAGUGUUUUUGCACCUGGGCUUUUCAUAGUUAUGGAGGUUUCAGUGAUUGGAAGCUCACAGGUGAAUCUUGGAAGGGUAAAUGAUAAUGGGCUCUGUAGUUUUAGCAGGAAUUUGAAUACUAAGAUCUCUGUUGUGAAGAGUUGUUAUUCAAAAAGAUGCAAUCUUGAGCAAAGUCAAAACGCUGUAUGCCCUUCAAGAUCUACCCUAGGUUUCAGUCUUAAAAUAUCUGCGUCUGCUAACUCUCAAGCUGUGGUUUCUGAGAAAGCUUCAAGGAAAACCAAGCCUAUUGAUGAUGUGAAAUUAUACGUUGGUCUGCCGCUUGAUACCGUCUCCAACUCGAACACUAUAAACCAUGGUCGAGCAAUUGCUGCAGGGCUGAAGGCCUUGAAGUUAUUAGGGGUAGAUGGCGUGGAGCUCCCCGUUUGGUGGGGAAUAGCUGAAAGGGAAGCCAUGGGGAAAUAUGAUUGGGCCGGUUACCUGGCUGUUGUAGAAAUGGUCGAAAAGCUGGGUCUUAAGCUUCAUAUGUCUCUUUGCUUCCAUGCAUCAGCAGAACCCCAAAUCCCACUUCCACAAUGGGUUUCACAAAUUGGUGAAUCUGAGCCGAGUCUUUACUUCACAGAUCGAUCAGGACAGCAAUACAAGGAUUGUCUAUCGUUGGGAGUGGAUAAUCUUCCUGUCUUAGAUGGAAAGACUCCACUUGAAGUGUACAAAGAGUUCUGCGAGAACUUCAAAUCUUCAUUCUCACCUUUCAUGGGUUCCACAAUCACGGGCCUAUCUAUUGGACUCGGGCCAGAUGGUGAGUUACGAUAUCCAUCGCACCACCAUCCAGUAAAAGGCAACACUCAGUGUGGGGUGGGAGAAUUCCAGUGUUAUGACAAAAAUAUGCUUGGUGAUCUUAAGCAUCAUGCAGAAACACAUAGGAACCCUCUUUGGGGACUUGGAGGCCCCCAUGAUGCCCCCAGCUAUGAACAAUCUCCAAUCUUUGGAGGCUUCUUUGCAGAAAACGGUGGAGCUUGGGAGACCCCAUAUGGCGAUUUCUUUCUUUCUUGGUAUUCAAGCCAGCUGAUAUGCCACGGAGAUCAAGUCUUGUCGGUUGCUGCCUCAACCUUCAAAGAUGUUCCCAUUACUCUGUCUGCCAAAAUCCCUCUGAUGCACUCAUGGUCUAAAGCCCGUUCCCACCCGUCAGAGCUGACUGCUGGUCUGUACAACACGGCACAUAGAGAUGGCUACGAAGCCAUUGCUGAAAUAUUCUCUAGACAUUCUUGCAAGAUUAUACUUCCUGGAAUGGACUUGUCAGAUGAAGGCUUUCCAAAUGAAUCUCAUUCCAGCCCAGAAUCAUUGCUUGCACAAAUAACUUCUUCUUGCAGAAAGCAUGGCGUAGAGGUUUCAGGCCAAAACUCAUCAGUUUCUGGUUCUUCCAAAGGUUUUGAAAAGAUAAAAAAGAACUUGUUGGGUGGAAAUGCAGCAGUGGACUUGUUCACGUACCAAAGAAUGGGAGCAUAUUUCUUUUCUCCGGAGCAUUUCCCUUGUUUCACCCAGUUUGUCCGGGGCCUCAACCAACCAAUUCAAAGUUCAGAUGAUUUACCAGUUGAAGAUGCAGAAACUACAAAGUCACUCUCUGGUCUGAAGCUCCAGUUGCAAGCAGCUUAGUUUAACAGCAGCAUAUCUAUGUAAAUAUGGCAGUUAAACCCUUAGUAUAUUCAUUUUGGGGUAUAAAUGUAAUACUGCUACUAAUGCAAGACGUUUGCUAGUUUUGCGUCUGAGCUCUUACUUCAUUCAUCUGAAGGAAGAAAAAACCUUCUCUCGUAGUCCUCGAAGGCUAUUGGUUGUAAACAAAAUGUGGAACGAUACAUAAUGAUACACUCGAUGAAAUUGAACUAUGCUUAGCCCUCA